GGCAAGUUUACAUUGGACGUGUAAGAUCGCGCACGCAUUGCUCGCGACAACGAAAAAAAAAAUUGUUUCGAUUGUCGAACGUAUUUGAAUUAAAGGCGGGAACUAGAAUGUGUUCUUGAUUUUUUUUAUCUGUUGUUUAUUUCUGUUACCUAUAUUAAAAUAUUGUGUUUUGGUUUCUUUACAAUGUUUGGUACGGUGUCGAGUAUUAUUAUAUCAGUGAUCAUUGCCGUGUUUAUCGGGUCGAAAGACUGUAUCGCGUGCUUCCGGAACGAUGAGCACAAAACCAACAUCAUUCCGACGGGGAGUUCAUUUUACCAAGAGUGUCAUUGUUCUGAACCCGGAUAUAAUAUGCAAUACCUAAAAUGGACAGACAUAAACAAUGAAAUCAUCACUGCAGGACCAGGUACAGAUUCGUUGAUUUACGUCGAAAAACAAAGCGACGGUCUAAAUAUUCACAUUCCAAAGGUCAGCAAAUCAAUGUCUGGAGCUUACAAGUGCAUAACAAAUUUCGAAGGGCAACAAUAUGUUCAAACUCAUACAAUAGAAGCAUAUGAUCCAUUGUACUUUAUUAAUGCUGCAGAAGUUCAGCAUAUUAUGGAAUCGCAAGAUUCACGAAUCAAUUGUGAAGCACGCGGUGAAUACCCUCCAUUAAUUACAUGGCACAAAGGAGAAGAGAACGCAUUAGUUGAAAUUCAAAAUAGUGAAAAAUAUUCAAUCACAAAGGAAGGGUUGAUAGUAAGAAACGUAACUACUGAAGAUGGUGGAACAUAUAAAUGUACAGCAAUGGUUAUGGUCACAGGGGAAGAAGUUGAUAGAUUUAUAAAAGUUGAGGUUAUGACCGUACCAAUAAUUCAGGACAUUAUUGGUAUCCCUAAUACAAUAGUCAUGUUAGGUUCAAAGCUUUCAGUUGAAUGUAUAGCGGAGGCUAAACCACAACCUGAAUAUAUUUGGAAUAAAGUGUACACGGGUCCGAACGAUGAAGGGAAUCAAACAUGGAAGCAAGUAGCUAAUACAUUAAUAUUUGAUGAUAUAAAGGGUUAUGAUGCUGGUUACUACGAAUGCACUGCGUACAAUAUGGCCGGUAAUUCUACUAGUGGUGCACUAAUCGAGGUACUAGUUCCACCAGAAAUAUUUGGUUUUGAUAACAUGACUGCCGAGGAAGGGACCAAUAUCAAAAUCGCCUGUGAAGCUCUGGGAAUUCCGAAACCCAACAUCACAGUUACAACGAGUAUAUUUGAUUCCGACGAAAAUGGAGAAAAACAUACUGAACUACCGUUAGAUUGGUCAUUUGUUGUUGAGCGAUAUCAUAAAGGAGUUUACUAUUGUAAUGCGAUUAAUGAAGUUGGUAAUGCAUCGAAGACAAUGUACUUGACAGUUUUACAUAAACCGUACUUUGAGUAUCCUACCGAAGAUCUCUGGGGUUGGAACGGUAAAGUUUUCAAUUUGAGUUGCUCCCACGAAAGCGAACCUCCUUCUGUUAUAUCUUGGAGAUUUCAAGGUAACGAGAUACCGACAGCAGAACAAGUCGAGUUAAACAAACAGCUAAUAGAGAAACUAAACAAUGCUCAGGAACAAUACCUUCCUGUAAAUAUUGACGAAAACUUUUUAUACGGAGUUUACGAAUGUGUUGCUAAAAACGCUUACGGUGAAGCAACGAAGACGAUCACUUUGAAGAAAGGCUUUGUACCUUCCGUCGUAAACAACGUUACAAUCGAACAACAAGCGGCAACAUCAAUAACCUUUUCCAUACAAGAGCCAAGUGAAUACGAAGGUCCCGAGGUAAUCGGGUACACCGCGGAAUACGACCAGGCGGCCAACUAUGAAAUAACUCACAUACAUCUAAACAGAACUUGGGCUAUAAAUAGACCGUUCAAAUUAGAAAAACUGAAGCCGAAUACAACGCAUCACGUGAAAUUCGCUGCUAUAAAUGAAGCGGGCACCGGACCUUGGAGUGAAACACUAGUUUUUGAAACCCUUGAAAGAUCAGUACCAGAGCCUCCGGUCCUAGACUCGGAUUACGUGCAAAUUGAGAGCCCGGACAACGUACUGAAAUGGAAAGCGCCCGCAGACAAUGGAGAUUCAAUCGACUAUUACGCCGUACGAUAUUGUCCAGUGGACGAUGAUUCAGACGGUGAGCUGUGCGGAGAAGAACGUAUUGGAGAAAACACUGAAUUCAAUUUGAGUAGUUUGGAACACAACACGACUUACUUCGUUGAGAUCAUAGCGCAUAAUGCACAAGGAAACUCCACGCCCUCAAAUAUCACACUAAUAACUGCAGCGCUAUCGACACACAAUACUUUGGGCUUAUUGUCGGCCGGAGCUAUAAUAGGCAUAGCUGUAGUUGUAGUUGUCAUAUGUUUAGUUUUACUAGACUUAGUGCUUUGUGCUUGGAGGAAGCAGGGUAUCAUUGCGACGUGUUGCUCGAAGAAAACCAAAGACGACGAGUUGAAGUCACGCGAUGAAAAAGGUCUUUUGAGAGACAACGGUGAUUUAGAGGACUGUCACAAGAGGCCAGACAAAGGUCACAAGGAAUACGAGUACAAUAAGAGCACGGGGAUUAUCACCGGGAAGCAUUCCGCUGUUUAAUUUAUUCCAUAUAUUUUAAUAUACAGUUGGAGUUAAUUAAUGUAAUGUCCGAAUUCAUCGAGUAAAAUUCCAUAGUCAUUUAAAUAUUUCUGUGUUCAAUAAGAAAUAAAUAACAUGCCAAAAAAAAUUAAUAUUACUUUCACAUUACGAUGAUGAACGCAUGCUCGAAUUCAUUCGUACAUAUCAAAGGGAAUCGAAUUCGUUUUCAAUUUACGGGUAUUUUUGCAUGAGAGCAUUUUUACAUAUUAAUUAACAAUCGUAUUACAUAAUUUCCCAGUAUUGACUCUCAUGUACGCUACAAAUAUUUUAAAAAUAUUUUCACGAGCUCUUAGCGUUCAUUAAAAAGCCAUUAAAGGUAUAAUAAUGAUCGAUGCGUGGGCAGAAACUCGGCCACCGAAUGCAUAUAUUGAAAACUCGAAAUAUUGUUCACAUAGUUGAAUAUUAAAAAUGCAUUGUGGGUAUCCUUAAGAAAAUUAAUACAGAUUAUAUUCAAUGUUGAAUGUACAAAGAAAGGCCAAAUGAAAUAGGAUUCUUCAGUUAUUCCAAAUAUGAGUUAAGUUAAUUUAAUGUCCAUAUUUUUUUUUAUUAAAGAUGAUACAUACUAUUUAAUUCGUCAUUAAGAAAUAUCACACAAAUAUGAAAUAAUUUAAAGUAAUGCUGUAAAUCUAAUAUAACUAUUUUUAAGAAAUUCAACUAAUUUAGUACAUACUUUACAUAUUUUUGAAGUGAAAUUUCUUUGAGCGCGUUGAAAGUAAAAUUUAACUCGCGACAGAUUCGUUACGGCUAGAGAGAAAAGAUACCGCUUAGAAAGAGCGAGAGUGAGAAAAUAGACAGAGCGUCUCGCGAACCACUACACCGUAGAAAGAGCGAAAGGGCAAAGCGAACUAGGUCGUUUCUCUUAUACACAGCGUUCCCUAUUACAAGGGAAAUUUGAUUUAAGAAUAAAAGAUAAAGAAAACCACAAUAUGUACUACUCAAAAGAAAUUUCACUUCUUUCACGUGCACUAAGUUGCGCGCACAUCAUUUUCUUUUUUCGAUUUAGUUGCAUUUUUUUUGUACCGGUUUAUAAAUCAAUACUAUCUGCUUUUAAAAAAUAGCACUUUAAUUAAAGCAUAAACUAAUUCAUUUUGAUUGAAACUCUGGUCUUGGAAAUGAACUGAGAUACAGCAUUGUUUUUUUUCUAAAUUAAAGAUGUCUGGUUAGACAGUAACCAUGUUUUUUUGGUAAAAUUUUGGUGAUUUUUUUAAUGAACCUAUAUCAUGACAAUUUGCAAUUAGUGCAAUUAUUUUGCUAGAGAGGAAUGUUUUAGAAUGUUAUAUCAUUAAUAGAAUAUAUUAAAAUGUUUUCAAUUGUCAACCAAAUGUUUUAAACAUUAAAAUAGUGUUACGCUUUCUACCAAAGAUGCCUUCUUAGUCUAUUUAUGUUGUAAUAAA